GCUGAGACUCGCGGCUGGUUGGAGAGCUGGUGACAAACACUCCGGAUUUGCCCCUCAAAACACCGAGCAAUAACCUGACGGACACUCGCUCAAACUGCCUAAAUUCCUCAGCAGCGUUUAUCCUCGAAAGUAACCUUUGGAGCUUCAACUGCUUCAGGACGGACCGGGAAGUGGCCAAACAAUGGACAUAUAAAGCGCGUUUUAUCGCUGAAUGUUCACGGAACGGGACUGAUGUUUUGCAAAGACUGCUGCUCCUGCUGCUGCUGCACGGACCGGGCCGUGGAGGAGCCACAAAGCGACGAGGAGGACAGCACAAGUCAAAGAGACGGCGCUCCACAAAGGAGGGCAAAGCGGGACGCCUGUGUGCAGCAGAGAAGCAGUGCCCUAGAUCUGAAUAACAUCUGAGUUACUCUGUCAUUCAGGCUCCUUUUAUGCUGUCUCGGGCAGCACUUUCUCAACCCGCACCUGGAAAAACAAAGGGAACGCGUUCAGUGGCAGCACAUCUCCAUGCGUAAAUGGAGACGCACCGGCGCGUAUUCGCUGUACUUUUUCACAAUGCGUACAAUAAAUGAUGUUUGUUUUGUCACUAACUCAUCUCCUGUCCCAUGACCACACUGGUAUAGAUGCAUUAUAGACUUCCUCAUACUUCAUAUCUGCCAUGAGUGAUGGCGAUGCCUGCAGAAUCUGACAGUACCGGUGCGCAGAGCAGCACUCAUGAAAAAAGCCUCAGCGCACCGGAUCGCAAUGGUUAUGUGAAAACAUGUGUCAUCCCACUGUGCCGUGACCGAGAUUACGAGUCGUGGGUGAGGCUAAUGUUCACAAAAAUAUGGAGUUCCCAGAGACUCCGGAGUGCGGUGUGCGUGGGGUCGCUUUCGGUUUUUCUCGCUCUGUUGGUCAAAUGUGCAGACUGGAGAGUUGAAGCCAGCAGCAGCAGCGCUGACAACAGACUCUCGCAUUCAUCGUCUCCCCUUCACUUGGUCUCAGGCUGCGCGGCGGAGCUGUUGCAAACUUGCUGGAGUGUUGUUUCCCCAUUGUUCACCCUCGUAUGUGCCUUCUUUUGGGUCGGUGUCUACUUAAUCCGCUGCGGAGUGCUAAUCCAGACCGCCCUCUCCCUCCUAACCUUGUGCCACCUGGGCGAAGCAGCUGCGUGGACUCUCCUGGACGGGACAGAUGAGCAGCUGUUUUCAUUCACGACAGCAGCCGUGGUCGUGCUCAUCUGCGUGGCCACCGGCGCACUCAUGGUAGCGCGGCUGAACCAGGGCAUAUCUGUGAUCGUGUUCAUAAGUCUGGUCAGGACUAUCUCACUAUUCUCGCUGCACAAAGUACGGGCCACUUGGAGACCGUACGUAGCGUACCUGGUUGGAGUGCUGGGCAUCCUGCUGGCGAGGUAUGCUGACAAGCUCCUUCCCAACCAAGGGAGACACAAGGAGGGCUGCACCCCCGUGACUGGAGCCAGGGAAGAGAUCCCUGUAUUUAAAAGGCGCAGGAGGUCCAGUUCUGUGAUAGCCUCAGACAUGGCACACAGUCAGCCCAACAGUAAGUCACAUCGCCGGACCUCUCUGCCAUGCAUCCAGAGGGACCAGAUGCUCCCCCGCUCCGACUGGGACCACAAGAGAGGCUCCCGAGGAUCACAGUCAUCAGGCACCACUGUCAUGGUGGACAUAGCAGUGAUGGGAGAAGCCCACGGACUAAUCACAGACCUGCUGGCUGACCCCUCUCUUCCCCCCAACAUCUGCACCUCACUGCGCGCCGUCAGUAACCUGCUAACCACCCAGCUCACCUUCCAGCCGCUGCACCGGCCACGCCCCGCUCCCCUGCUUAACCCUAGCGAUGCCUACACCUUCUCCGACUCAGAGGAGGGACCCGAGAAAGGGGAGAGGACCUCCAUCCACAAGCGUCUGAGGCGGAGUCUCCACCCCGGUCUUCUGAGGAGGAUCUCUUCCACAUGGACCACCACCACCUCCGCCACAGGCCUGCCAACCAUCGAGCCCGGACCCGUCCGAAGGGACCGCAGCGCCAGCAUCAAACCCUACCAUGAAGCACUCACCUGCAGCUGUGGGAGACAGUACAUCAGACUGAGCCAUGGGGAGGGCUCUUUAGACAAGGGAGACAGGAUACCACGGUCAGCAGAGGACCAAGUGGUUGUGUCAUCAGACUACGACAGCACCCACGAAGCCAACCACAGUGACAGCAGUGAUGUAGCACAUACAGAGGAGGACACAGAAGAGGGAAAAAACUCUGCCCAGAAUGUCAUCCUCCACCAACUAAUACCUCCAGAGGACAAACCAAUUCUGGCUCCAGAGCCGUUACUAAUGGAGGACUUAGAGCCUCUGAUGAGUCAGUUAAACAAUUGGAACUUCCCCAUCUUCAGUUUGAUGGAGAGGACCAACGGGAAAUGUGGACGGAUCCUCAGUCAGGUGUCCUACAGGCUCUUUGAAGACACAGGCCUCUUUGAGACCUUCAAGAUCCCUGUAAAAGAAUUCAUGAACUACUUCCAUGCCCUUGAGAAUGGUUACAGAGACAUACCAUAUCACAACAGGGUCCAUGCCACAGAUGUGCUUCAUGCAGUCUGGUACCUCACCACGCAGGCUGUGCCUGGUCUGCCCAGCCUCAUUACUGACCACGGCUCCGCCAGUGACUCAGACUCCGACAGUGGAAUAACACACAGUCAUAUGGGCUUCCUGGUUUCAAAGACCUACACUGUGUCAGAAGAUGGUUACGGCUGCCUGUCAGGCCUCAUACCUGCUCUGGAGCUUAUGGCCCUUUAUGUGGCUGCCGCAAUGCACGACUACGACCACCCUGGGCGGACCAAUGCUUUCCUCGUGGCCACCAGCGCCCCACAGGCCGUGCUCUACAAUGAUCGAUCCGUAUUGGAAAACCACCACGCUGCCUCGGCCUGGAACCUCUUCAUGUCGCGGCCAGAGUUCAACUUCCUCGUCAACCUGGACCACGGGGAGUUCAAGCGUUUCCGUUUCCUGGUCAUUGAGGCCAUAUUGGCCACUGAUCUGAAGAAGCACUUUGACUUCCUGGCUGAGUUCAAUGCCAAGGUGGGCGAUGAUCCAUCCACAGGAAUCGAUUGGUCCAACGAGAAUGACAGAUUGCUGGUGUGCCAGAUGUGCAUUAAACUGGCGGACAUCAAUGGGCCUCUGAAGUGUAAAGACCUGCAUCUGCAGUGGACAGAGGGCAUUGUCAACGAGUUCUAUGAGCAGGGCGAUGAGGAGUCCACCUUGGGCCUUCCCAUCAGCCCCUUCAUGGACCGAGCGGCACCGCAGUUGGCCAAACUCCAGGAAUCAUUCAUCACGCACAUCGUAGGACCGCUGUGCAAUUCCUACGACUCAGCCAGCCUCAUGCCUGGACGAUGGGUGGAGCCCAACCCUGAGGCAGAGGAGCCAGAGAUCACGGAGACUGAGGAGGAAGAAGAGGAAGAGGAGGAUACUGCAGAGGAAGACACGUCCACCAGCUCUGAAGCAUCACAGAAAGUAACGCCCAAGAAGAGAAGGAAAGUCUUCUGCGAGAUCACCCACCACCUGCUGGAGAACCACGAGAUGUGGAAGAAGGUGAUCGCAGAGGAGACCCAGAAACAGGGCCAAGGAGCAGAUUCUGUCCAUUUAAAUAAUGUAGCUGAGCCAAUCCUGGCUAUUCACGAGGAGGAAGAGGAGCCAGGCAGCAGAGAGGAGCUAGUAGAAGGAGAGGAUCCAGAGGAAGGGGUGGAGGAACCAGAGUGGCCCGUGUCUCCGCAGGAAGACUCUAAACCUCCAGAGGAACUAGCGGAGGGGGACCCACAGUGAAACAGCCCAUGGGAAAUAUGGCGUCAGUCAGGGCAAGGACGUGAAGAAGUAUUUCUUGUUUUCUUAUCCUACCAACUGACUCCUGUGUUUGCCAGCACAUCACUUAGACACAACACUGUAGAUGUUUGGGAAAUGUGUGCCUAUACAGAAAAAAAAACAGGGUGGGAAAUUUUGUGCUUUACACAUUUUAUCUGAAUAUCUGGUUUCACCAAACAUUUAAAGGAGCUUUCCAUAUUGCAAUACAGGAUUAUUUGUGUACUUUGGGAUACAGACUCUUUUGCUACUGUCAAGAGAAGAGGAAGACUGACUUGCACAGACCUCAACCCAAUGUGGUAACACAGGACUGCAGAAAUUUGCUGCCAAUUUAUAUAUAAUUAUUUUCUGAAUGCAAUUAUAUAUAGACACCACAGUUACUUGUACUUGUGUUUCAAUUUUAGCGAGAGUUUUUGAGGUCUCACAUGGACUAUAAUAUGUUUUUUUUCUAUAUAUGGAUUAUAAAGGGAGUCAAUCAAAUGAGGAACAUCGGCAUAUCUUUUAUUCCUUUCAACUUCUGCCAAAAUGAAUCACUCACCCAUAGGCUUUAGCAUACAAAUUCAAAUGAUUAUACAUGUUUUUGUUUUGCAUUUGUUGCCAAAUGAAGUACUUUAUACCAUUAGGUGUAGCCAUGUUACUCUAAGGAAGGAGACUCGAGGCUCCUUACACUCUGUAUUUGUGUGCGUGUGUGGGUUUGCAUGUUUAAAUUAGUGUGCUCAAAUGCACAAUUCUUCUGCAGAGGACAUAGAUAGACUUAUCAGAUGUAUUCAUGCCAUCUUUGGCCUCCAGCCCUCAGUUGGAUAUAGUGGUCAUUACAGGGUUCACUGCUGCAAAUGUAGUGCAGAGGUCUGCACUGACAAAGCAGCAGAGAGAAGUUUGAGAUGAAUCUGUGCUGAAUACAAGACCAAAAAGGAAAUACAAGUACGCAGAGCAUAAACCAAUACUACCAAAGUGUUAAUGGGAAAAAUAAGGUGAAAAAACAGUUAACCCUACAUUCAUAAAACAUAAAGAAAAUGGAUAAUCCUAAAAAGGUAUUUGAACGUGGCCAUAGGUAGACUAACCAUUACACUGUCCCUUUUCUUUUCUAUCCAUGUUUGACUCUCUGACUCUGUGUUUGGACUCAGUUUGCUGUAUUUUACUCUAUACUUGCUGGUCCUUAUAUAAAAACCUGCAAAUGAUGCUGACCUUUAACCCUCAGGAAAACCUCAGCUGUUGAAAUUCAAAGCGAACAUCUGUAUCACCUGUGAGGACAGUACGUUACAAAUAUGCAGGGAUAGUAAGCUAGUUUAGAAUAUGUUCAUAUAAGACUUGGAGCAACGCUGAAGCUUUAUUUCACAACCUCCUGCUUUUCUGCUUUGGCUAUUAUAACAUCUCUGCAGAUAGACAGAGUGAAUCUGUCUGAAUUCCUCUCCUGGCACCUCAGGGAGACACUCAUUCUCUCAGAAUUAGGCGCAGACAGGACUCCAGAGUGCAUCAGUUGGACGGAGUUCUUCUGCAAGUCAACGUCCAAUUUGAUAAAUCACAUCUGUUGCUGUGAUGACACACAGAGAAGUUAUUCUGCAAGAAAUGUUUUUUUUUAUUUCACAUGAGGAAAAAAUGUGGUUGAAAUCCAGUCCAGGUUGAUAAAAAAGUGUUGGUGCAAGUCUGUGAGAGCUGAAAUAUUUCUCUGAGGCUAACUGCUGCAGCUGUUUGAUGCCAGUAGAAAAGAUCACUCCUUCUUUAAUGUAAUGGACAUGAAGUGCAGUGGCAGAGACGGCUGAGAUCACCCUGAUGACAGCAGCAUGUGUCAUUUUUAUGCUCUUUAAACAUCAAAUCUAUCAUUAAGAAUUUCCCAUUGCCCGAUGUUCUGACAUUUAUACCCAGUCCAUGUGAAUUUUGCCAAACAUUGGUGCUAACAUUUUGUGGGGAGAUGCUAUUUGCAUCCAGGGGUUUCGUAGCCACAGAGUCUUGCCACGUUGGCUAGGUACAACCCGGGUGUAUAUUCCUGGUCGUCCUAAGCUUAAGUGCUGUAUUGUAGGCCACUGGACUUGACGUUUCACCUCUCAUCCAAGAGGUUUCUUCAGUUUUAACAGACUGGUACGGAAGAACCGAAGAAGCAUCUUGGAUGAAAGGCAACACGUCCAAGAAACUCAAGCAAGUUCAAUUGCCUAUGAUAUAGCACUUAUGAUUACCAUGACCUGGGUGACUGAGAAUCUUCACUGACUGGUCGUCCUAGCAACAUUAACGCAUAACAUUAACAAGUACGGGUCUGUUCAGCUACUCUGUUAAAGUUUAUGUACACAGUUUAAGCAUUCAGCAGCUUCAAACAUCCCAAAAACUGAACAUAAUAAGUCAAUGAAGUUAAAAGAUAAUCAGCCAGUGUUAACUCACAUGCGACUUGAACCCCAUUCAUCACCACAUCUUACUGCCUCUGUGGACUGUGUCACUUUUUACACUACAUCACCUGACUUUCUGGCAGUUCUUCUGUGUAACACAAAGUCCUGAUCAUGACGUCCUUAUCCUGUCCGCAUCCAACCUCGACUGCUCAAUGUGAUGAGUACAAUCACAGCACACAGAGGCAUCCAUAAACAUGUCGUUGGGAUGGGUGUAAAAAGCCAGAUAGCUGCAGUGUGACUACUCUCACCCAGGGGCAAAUAAACAAACCAAAUUUGGUGUCCUGUCAAUUUUUCAAAGUAACUGCUAUAGUGGCACAAUGUGAUUAUAUUCAGACAUGACACUGUCUACCUAUUAUGCAUUUCUUUACAUCAUUUUUUAGUGCUUCACAAUCCAUGUGAACAUUUUAAAAAAAGUGGUAGUAAGUAUGAAAAUAGCAAUGAGAAAGUGCUCCUCAAGAGUUUCAAACAGACAUUGUUUCUGAAAUAUGAUUUAGAAAUGGAAUUUGGCAUAAUGACAUUACUGCACAUGACUUGUGGGUCUACAUGAUAGCCCCUAUUUUCAACUGAGAAAAUGCCACAAGGUAAACCAGUUACAUAACCAGCUGCACAGUAGCCUGAGAGUAGGAUGCAAAAUGUAUCUGUAGAAGGUCCCACUUUGCUUCAAUUAUUCACAUUUACAUAGAAAUGGUGUUUGAGAGACCAUUAGUCGAGCUUGAGUUGAAUAAGUAAAGUGCUCUGCACUGAGUUGGCAGGUCAACUUUCUGUCACACAUGAGUGCAGUGAGGCAAUAUGUAAUGAAUUAUCCACUGCUAAUCUUGUCGAGUUCUCAUGACCUACAUGCACAUCUGAAUCUCUUAUGCGCUGGUGUCUCAUCUCAUACUGUACCACUGUUCUCUUCCAUAAUCUCAUUCCUUUAAGGGAAUACUUCAACCCCCAAAUGAUCAUAUAUUUAUCACUUACUCACCUUGUGUUACCUUGACUUUGUGAAGAAAACUUUGUUUUUCUUGCAUGCCUCCACAGUGAACAAAGAACCCAAAUAUGGCGAACAUUCUUGAUUAAUUGAAGUCAUAGGCAACUGCGUAUAACAACAGCAAAACCAUGUAUCAAAACAUCAGUUUACAAACUCUCACACAACUCGUGCAGUAUAAUCCAAGUCUUCUUUAUCUAGUCAUACUUGUGAAACACGCGUUUUCGCUAAAACCUGGACCCAUGUGGGUAGUAAAUGGGCUGAAUGAUGGGCCCUAUAUGGGACUGUUCACGUGUUCCAUAUUGGCCUCAUGACAAUUGCCCAUAUAGGUGGAUUUACCCCACUGGGCCCGAGAUAAAAUGCCCAUUUUGGACCCAUACAGGUAGCCCCAGCAUGACCUGUGUGGGGCUUUGUUUGUUAGAAAACAAUAACGUAACUUGAUCUAAAAUGUCAUGUGUGACAUCAGUGCACAAAGCCCAUACGUAAGUUAUGUAACAUCAUGUUCAAACAACACUGACUUUUGGUUUCACAUGGGACACAAACUGCACUCUCCUGGGUGAGAGUCUAGUUUUGUUUGACCCAUCCACCUCCCUUUCCUCCCUCUGUACGCAGACUUUCUUGCUCUUUAUACCACAUUUGUUGUACUCAAUGUCAAGUUUCGCCACAAAUGAGUUUACACUGGAGUUAGCUGAAAGCCUGGUGAGUAUAAUGAAGAUGCUAAAGGGUGCCUUUGGCAUCAAUAUUGCGUGCCGAGGGGUGUGAUAACGUGUUGGUAUUCCAUAACCUAGGGAUGAGGACUGGGUGAUUAUACUGUAUGAGUUGUGUGAGAGUUUGUAAACUGAUGUUUUGAAGUUUUGCUGUUGUUAAAUGUGGACCUUUAUGACUUCAAUUCGUCAAGAAUGUUUGCCUUUUUUGGAAAACCGAAUUUUCUUUCCAUAUUCAAUGUAACAAGGUUGAGUAUAUGACCCAUAAAUGAUCAUUUGGGGUCAAGUGUUUCGUUAAACUGAUCUGUAAAAAGCUGCACAGCACACAAGUCAACCUGGAUCUGAUAGAGCUUCCUGUUAUUGAAAUUAUUCUGGGUAUAGAACAUCAUGUACUUGUAUCCUUGCAGAUCCUGCAUUAACAUGCUCUAUUACCAUCCAAUGUUCCUGGCUGUGCUGAAUAGCGCACUACAUCCGUAAUGGCCUGUUAACUGCUGCCCUGACUCUGUCACACUGUGGAGAGGGGGUGGAGAAGGAGCUCAGGAACUGCAGUGUAGACCACACAAGUUGAAGAUAAUUGGUUGACCCACUGAUUAGACAGGCAUCAGACAGAGAGUCAUUUAGAUGAGACCAAACUUGUUAGCAGCCACUGAACAUUUUUGUUUUUUCUGGCUUCUAAUGAUCGUGUGUUGCCUCACGUAUUAUGAGCAACAUCAACAUGUCUGCUGUUUGCUGUAUGUUGCCUGCGAGUCAUCCCUAAUGACCUAUAAUCACAUUACAGACACAAUGUGGAUACAUUUUAUUCAGCAUUUUGAUAAAACCUGAUUCAGGGUUGGGUCAGAUCACUUUGAAAUUUAGUUUGUUUCAAAAAGAAAUUAUAUGGCAAUUUUUGCAUUUAGUGAUGUAAUCCAUCGGAAUACAAAAAAAGUAAUUUGAAUACUUCUGUAUUACUUCAAAAUUAAAUUCAUUUGACCAUAUUGCACCUUAUACUUAAAAAAUUGAUGCAGCCACAAAAAUUUGAGUUCCACAUAAUAUGACCUUUUCAGUGCAAAUAUAAUGCAUUUUCAGCAUUUACAGUUCAUUAAAUUAGCCUUAUAAAAAUAGUGCUGGCACAAACUAAAGGUGUACUGUGUGUAUUCUACAACACGAGGGAUGCUGUUUCUUUUGUAUACAUUUUUUUGUUUGCUGUCAUUGUUUAAUCAAAGGCCACAUGGUUAUUAUGAAAAAUGGUUGAAUAAUUUUAAGGUUUUUAUAGACGUAAUCCAAAAUGUAAUCAAGUAAUUCUUUACAAUAAUCUAAUUACACAUUAUAGUCAGGAACACUUUGGUCAAAGAAAACUUUAUUUCCAUUUGCAGUAUUAUAUUUGGCGGUAUGGCUCUGUUCUGGGGCCUCUCUGCCUUUCCUUGGCCUACGCAGAACGCCUCUUCCACGCGCCUACAUGGAAAGUCUAAGGCGGAGAGAGCACACCUCUCUGCCCUUCCAUGUGCAAACGAGGAAAGCUUAAGGUAGAGAGAGCAAACGUUCCUACCCUUUCAUGCACAUACAUAAAAUGCCUAAGGCAGGGAGAGCAGCAGCAAAGACCUCCUGGGAACAGAACAGAGCAGCAUCGAUGACAAACAGAAAUUACACUUAUAAGUCAGACCCAGCAAAAGGAGGAGCUGGGGUGGAGGCAGUUUGCAAAGCGGCUUGCAGAAGAAGCAGCAAUAAGGCAGACCAGAGCAGUUUAAAUAGGGCACCCUGAAUGAGAUUUGCCAAUUGGUUGCAUAGAAAGGAAUCAUGUGAUCUAUCAGCUGACUCCUUUCCAUCAAUCAGCUGCUCCAUCAGUUGAUUGGGAUGUUUGAGAGCAGCUGAUGUAGCUGGGAUGUGAGCUGGGCUUGAAAUCGCAUCCUGUCUGAACUAACGCUAUGCUCAAUUUUUUUUUUAAUGAAAUUUGGCUUGAUAAUAGCAACUUAUUUUUUGUAAUCUGAUUACAUAAGCCCGAUUUCAUGUAAUCUGUUACUACCCAACCCUGGAUAUCACCAAUGUUAUGUUGGCGAGCUCUUCAAUACAGCACAGACAGACAGUAAUUUAUUUGGAUGAUGUAACUUCCACUUCUAGUUUGUUUGUUUUUUCAAGCCUCCAGGUUGUACAAUUAUACGAUUACAUCAACUCUCCAAACCUCCUGCUUUGUGAAUGUAUACAUGCAGUAUACAGUGUGUGUGUGAGAGAGAAAGAUAGUGUAUGUGUGUGUUUAAAUUCUUCCAUCGGCCUCUCUAAUGUGACUCGGUCCUGCAUGUAUUUGGCUCGCAGACUUUUGAGUAGAGGCUGCUUCUACUCACGAGUAGAGGUGAUGAAAUAAUGAAGGGUAAAUGAUGCAGUGAGUAGUUCUUCAGUUCUCCUCAGAUACUCAGAUGACAUUGUUAUUCGCAGAGGGUUCGAUUGCAUAUUUCUCCUUGCGCUUCCUCUUUGAUCUGCUUAACGUGCAGAUCGGAGAUCCUCACUGGCAACAGUAGUGGAGUAUUCAUCACACAGCGUACCUCAUCUUUGAAGGAGAUGGGAUUCUGUCCACUGUGUUUGUUUGUUGGUGAUCUCUUUUUUUUUUUUUUAAAGAGUGGACUAUGUACACAUUUUGCCCCCAGUCACAGCAGUCUUAAGUUAACACUUGCGUUUCAGCUGAUGUAUCAGUUUUGAUAGUGUUUUUUUAAUGUCUUAAUUGGUUUUAUUUGAUUGUCAUACUUAUUCACACAUGAAGCAUAAUUGUAACCAUGGGAACCAAACAAGCUUUACAAUUAUGUAAAAAAAAAUGAGAUGAGUAUUUUUAUAUAGUUGACACAUGAUUAAAUAAUUGCUUUCUUCUCACUAGUACCUUGCACUUACCACAUGUACUAAUAUUUACACGAGGAAGAAUAUGUCCAAAUACACAGUAUUUGUGAAAGUAAAAUAAUUUUCUUGCAGGUUGAUGCUCCAUUUUGUACAAUAUACAUAUAUGCUGUACAGUAAAGAAAUUUUAAAACUACAAAAACUCUUUUAGAUAUACAUUAUUUAUUUUUACCAUUUUGUAAUUUAGACACUAUACUGUAGCUUCAAUAUUGCCAGACUUACUGGAAGUGCCUAUAUUGGUAUUAUGUAUCAUACAGUGAAUAUAUUUGAAGAUCAUUAGAAGUUGUCACAAACUGAACCAUGUGGAUGUUGUAAUGUGAAUACAUUGAAUUACAAGACUAUA